UUUAUUGGUGUUAAAUCUCAUUGGCUGUUAGCGCGAAUUAAACUUGUCAGGUUUUGUUGGAGAGAUUAUGUCUUUGACGGGGGCAUUGAUUUCUUGUCAUUAUCAAGUUAUGUCAAUUAAUAUUCCUCUAGUCUCCGGUCGGCUUCCAACAGCUUUCUCACCCGUCUUAAUUUUCCGAACUGACAAAUUUUGAUCGUCUUGUUUUCUCUGCUUAAUUAUUCUAUUAGGUAUCAGUUAUUUUUGGAAACUGAUACAUUUUAGAGGGAAGAAUCACGAGAAAAAAAGAGAGAAAACUUUAAGAAAUUGGUCCGUUUGACUCUUGGGAUAAUGGAUCUUUGCGUGAAGAGAAGAUCCUAUGAUAUAGAUAGCCUUAUUGGUGCUGCGGGUUCUGCAAAUUGUAGCUCAAGCAAUGAAAAGGACAUUGAAAACGAGCUACAGGGGUUCACAUUAAACGCAGUAUCCCAUUCUCCGAAUGAUGAAAUGAAGGAGAGUGAACUAAAAGAUGAAAUCGGGAUAGAAGAUAUUAAAUACGAGACUCCUUCAAGUAGCGGCGAGGACUUGGUAAAAAAUGAAGACAUGACCAGAAGAGUUCAAAUGGAGGGCUCGCCAAUUGACUUCCGGUCAAGCGCGGACCUGUAUGGAGACAGGGACCUCGAGGAUUACGGUAAAAGAAAACAGCGUCGCUAUCGGACAACGUUCACAAGUUUUCAACUGGAGGAAUUAGAAAGAGCAUUCCAGAAAACACACUACCCAGAUGUUUUUAUGAGAGAGGAGCUUGCUAUGAGAAUAGAUCUGACAGAGGCAAGAGUGCAGGUUUGGUUCCAAAACCGGAGAGCUAAGUGGAGAAAGAAAGAAAAAGUUGGCCCCCAGUGUCACCCUUACAGUCCCUAUAUAGGCUACCCCAGCCCGGGGAUUUCCCUAGGACCCCGGCCUGUCGUGCCCUCUCCCCAGAGCUACACAGAUCUUCUGUUGAAAGCUUACCACACCCAACUUCAGAGUAGAAGUGCACGAACAUUCGGUCAGAUUUCUCCAGUGUCUAGUGUGUAUGGAAACCAACACCUGAUGUCGCCGGAACUUUACGGUCUAGCCAUGCGCGGAUUAAUGUAUCCGGCCAACCUUGUCAAGCUUACACCCCCAACACCAGACAUUUCAUUCCAGAAUCUUUUGGCAGAACUCAGUGCCAAAUCAAAAGCAAAUGCAGACCGAUUGUCUUUCUCGCCCAUUUUGGAAAGCGAGAGAACGUCAUCAGUAGGGAACCUCCUACAGAAAUGUGUGCGGGAAUCUGACGUAGGAGCGGAUGACGUCAAUCAACCUCUGACCCCGUGAUGUUUGAGUUUCCCUAAAAUGUAAUGUGCAAUAAUCUGUAAUAAAAUUGCCAACUCUUGAAUUUUAUAGUGCUAUUUUACUUUUUAAGUGUUGUAAACGACAAAAAUGUUGUGUUUAAUAUUUUUAAAAUUGAAUAAAAUUCAUUGCUAUAAAUUUUGAAACUGAAUACCAAAACUGUUUUAUACAUAUGUAUGAUUUUCAUAGUAAACACAGCAUUGAUUUUAUUCUUAUCCUUAAUAAUAAUUUUCAAAUUUUUUAUAAAAUAAACAAUGAAA